AUGGUGGCAGAUGCUCUUUCUCGGCUGCCAGCUCCUGCUGCGCAGGCACAGCUGGCCAAGGAUGAAGAAAUUGUGUCGUUGGUCGAGUCGGCUUGCGUGACGAAGGAAGAAUUAAACCAAGCCGUCCUCAACGGUGGUUGUCUGCGAACGGUCAAGUCGUUCGUGCUCGGUUCUUGGCCACCACAAAAGUCCAUACCAGAGGAGGCAAAAUCUUUCUACUCUGUGCGCGAAGAACUUUCUGUUGUUGAUGACCUUCUACUGCGCUCAGAACGCCUUCGUUUUCCGUCCUCACUCACGGCUCAGCUCAUCACCGUUGCCCACGAGGCACAUCCGGGCAUCACGCGCACUAAGGCGCGACUUCACGGCCGCACAUGGAACGCCUCCAAGAUUUCCCGGGUUCGUGAGAGGGGCACGAGUCCACCAUACCAACGUUCGGAGCUACCUGCGCCACAGCUUCCGGUUCAAGUGCCGCAGCCUGCCCUGUCGCAGCCUGCCCUGCCACCGCCGCCUUCUCCCGGGUCGCAGCCGCCGCCUCCUGGCGUACUGCAGUCUGCCGUACCGCAGUCGCCUGCUCCUGAUCCGCAGCUGCCUGUACCGGAGCCUGCCAUGCUGCACCCGCCUUCUCCUGAGUCGCUAUCGCGGUCUCCUGGCGUACUACAGAGCUCUACAAGCUCAUUACCGUCUCCGGCCGUGCAGCAUUCCCAUCGGCCGUCUCGAGAGCUCCGGCCACCAGUCUGGCUCAAGGACUAUCAGACCCACUAG